GUUUCUAGAGAGAGCAAGAUGGUGGAAACAUCAUUCAUGAAGGGCGAGAAAAGAGAGGCAAAUCCAAAGACGCAAGAGAUCAAACGGCUUGGACACAAAACAGAUGGUGAAAUCUAAAUCGAAGUAACCCAAAAAAAAAAAAACAAAUGAUUACAUAAUGAGAAAGAUUUUAAGAUCCAUUAUCAACGGAACACGUCACUAAAACACAACCACCCCACUAAACAUGUCUUACUAUAUAAGAAUCAUCAAAGCAGUAAGAGUCUUAAGACACAAACAAAACAAGAAGAAGCAUGAAGUGUUGUAAGUUUACUGCAUUGGCUUUGAUGAAUCUUCUAAUCACAUUGGUUUCCAUUGAAGCGGCUGGUGAGUGUGGUCGCAUGCCCAUUGGUCAAGCCGCGGCUAGCUUAAGCCCGUGUUUGCCUGCUACAAAGAACCCGAGGGGUAAGGUUCCACCGGUUUGCUGUGCCAAAGUGGGUGCUCUCAUCAGAACCAACCCUCGUUGUCUUUGUGCUGUCGUGCUUUCUCCUUUGGCCAAAAACGCUGGAAUCAAUCCUGGAGUCGCAAUCGCUAUUCCCAAACGUUGUAACAUCCGCAACCGCCCAGCUGGCAAGCGAUGUGGACGUUACAUUGUUCCAUGAAGAUUUAACUUCGCUUUGGAUCUUUUAGGAUCAAAAUGAUGAGAAGUUCUCAAGAUUUAAAAAUAAAUGUUUUCACUUACCUUUGUAGAGGAGAAAUGUGAACUAUAUAUCCUUAAUAAUCUAUGUUGUUGAACUAUAUAUGAGUAUGCAUUAUUUAUUGCAAUAUAUGAAUAAAGUGUUUUUUCUGUUUCA